GAAAAAUGCCAUAAAUGUCGACAUCCGGCAACGGCGCUUCGAACUUGUUCCCACACACAGACUGAUCUGUGCUGACAACCGAAAUAUGGUAACAAAAAUUUACAUUUUCCAUCGUUUUUUCAAAAGUAAAUACCUCUUUUAUGAUAAAAACGUAAUGCCUAUACAAUUACAAAAUAAGUAUUACGGGGAAUGCAUUUUGUAAUCCUAAACUGUUUGAAUUACUUCUAUUUUUCUCUCAACUCUUGAGAUUUUUGUGUUGAUGCGUUGGUAGUCCCAUAAAUAUCCCAUUAGUUGACAGUGACAGUCCAUGACAGCAGGGAGGUUAUGUUUAUUUAUCUUGUGUAAUAAUUUUUGAAAUUUAUUUUGAACUACAAUGGCAGAGAAAAAAUCCAAUCCCCUGGACAUAAACGGUCCAGGCUUCAGUCCAAAUAUGUAUUUGGAUAAACUCUUCAAGGAAUGCACUUUGAGACAAGUAAUGGAUCAUGAAAGUGAAAUUAUAAAGGAUACACAAACCCUACACUCUGAUAUGCAAACUCUGGUCUAUGAAAAUUAUAACAAGUUCAUCUCUGCUACUGAUACAAUUAAAAAGAUGAAAAAUGAUUUCAAAAAGAUGGAAACUGAAAUGGAUCUUCUAGCUUCAAAUAUGUCCUCUAUUACAUCUUCAUCUGAGCAGAUUAAUAGCACUUUGCACGAAUCUAGGGAAAAAAUUAGCCAGUUGUCUGGUGUACAUAGUCUAUUGCAAAAGUUGCAGUUUCUUUUCAAGCUGCCCACAACAUUGAAAGCUAGAAUGGAAGAAAAAAACUACAUACAGGCUACCCAAGACUACCUACAUGCACAAAGAGUUCUCCAGCAAUAUGGUGACAUGCCAGCUUUCCAGGGAAUCAAAUCGGAUUGUGAGGCCAUCCUAACUGAUCUUAAAGCAGCAUUGAGGACACAGUUCAGUAACCCAAAUGCCUCCGCAAAGGAACUAGCCGAAUCUGUGGAUCUUUUGCUCCAGCUGAGUGAACCUGCUAAAGAGCUCUGCCUGGAGUUCCUCAGUUGCUCUGAAAAAAGGUUAAGUGAGCAACUGGUGAUGCUUAAGGAUCAGAGUGAGCAGAGGGAUAUAAUUGAGUUUGUGGACCUUGGAUGUUCUGGGUUCCUGAGUGAUUUGUGCUUGAUUGUGGCUUCAUUUCAUGAUAUGUUCAUUAAUAGGAUGAAUACAGAUAAUCUGGAAAACAGUGAAAUAUUUGAAAACUUUGCUGCAGUAGAGUUGGAUUCAUUCGUAAAACUGAACAUGAAAAAAUAUUUUGAACUGGUUCAGACCAAGGUUGAUUUUGAACAAGAUGUUGGAGAUACAAGCAUUUUAGUGCAGGCAUUGGAUAGGUUUUAUAGAAGGAUUGAGUCCAAUACACUUUGCAGAGAUAUCGACUUUGCCAAUACUGCAACAGAAAUAGUUGUGAAUGCAGGUAGAAAACAGUGCAAGGCACAUUUACAAAUACUGAAAAUGCACUUUGCUGACAUGAUCACUAAGGCAAGGCAAACCUUGACGACACCCAAACUUAUAAGUCAAGAAGAUUCCUCGAAAAAUCUUAGUGAAUUAUUAAGCUCCAUGCUAGUAACAAUUAUUGAGAAAGUCAAAGGGGUCCUUCAAGAUUUGGUGGUAUUUAUUCAACCAGACGUCCAUUUUGCCCAAAAACCUCAAUUCAGAGACAGUUUCUGCGUAGACAACGUGAGAGAAGGGCUAAUCGUGUGCUUCAUGCAUCAUUUCACAGCAACUGCAAGGAGUUUUUGCGCAAAAGGCGCAUCAGAUCCCAAAGUACCUCCCACUUUGCUACUACUUCUAUCAAAGAUGUGUUUGGAUUUCAAAAAUGGCAGCGUCCAUUUCUUGUUAUCUCUGACUGAUGAGCUUUUCCACAUAGAUUCAAAGUACAAUGCAGCUCUCACUAAAGAGAACGAAAUUAACAACACAAUGCAGGAAUCUGCUCAGGAGCUACUGAAUUACUAUGUCAGAAUACAAGGCCUGAAUUGUUCACAGAUGUUACGAAAAAGUGUUGAAACAAGGGAUUGGUUACACACCAUAGAGCCUAGAACUGUACGAGCUGUGAUGAAAAGAGUGGUCGAGGACAUAUCUGCUAUUGACGCUACUGUAGCGGUUCUUUAUGAGGACCAAGGCAACAAUACGGAACAUAGCAGUGAUUCUAGUAGAAAAACUCAUAGCUUGUUUAUUAUUGUUUGUUUCAGCAUAUCUGUUUCAAGACAUCAAUACAGAUCAAAUUGGUCCAGCUACACACCAAAUCAUUUGGACUCCACCUUGGUUUCAAACAUGCACAAGCUGUUCAGUGAACGUAUUGAGAUUUUCUCAACAGUCGAGUUCAAUAAGGUUUCCAUCCUGACUGGAAUCAUCAAAAUAAGUUUAAAGACCUUUAUGGAAUGUGUAAGACUGAAGACCUUCAGCAAAUACGGUUUGCAACAGAUCCAAGUAGAUACACAUUAUUUGCAAGUUUACCUUUGGAGAUUUGUGGCCGAUGAAAAUUUGGUGCAUUUCUUACUGGACGAGAUUUUGGGAUCUGCCGUCCACAGAUGUUUGGAACCAGUGCUUAUGGAACCAAGUGUCGUGGACAUUAUUUGUGAGAGAGGGUAAAGGACAGCCUAUCGAGGUAGAUCGAUUCUGUACUUCUGCAGAAAGUUCGUAAAAUGGAGAUGAAAGGUUUUGUACAAGGCACAUAUUCUUGGAAAUUUGAUUUUCAAUUUUUUUCAUACUGGAUGCCUAAAGGCAUAAUUUUUUAGAAAAACAUAUAAAUUGUUUAAGUAAUGUUUAUUGUGAUUGUUAUUUUUCUAGUAGCUUAAAGUAUGCAAUGUUAUGAUUGUGAUAUUUAUUAUAAAUAAAUCGUUUCUUUCUACAAUAUGCUAAGAAAUAAAGAGUAAUUACAUAUCA